UUUUCUUUCUUUCUUUCUUUCUUUGUGUCACUAGUUCCUUGAUAAGUUUAAAUUUUGAUAUGCACUAUACCAAGAGCUAGAGAGAGCGAGCGAGAUCAAAAGAGAUGGGUGUUGUAGCAGCCAGAGUUUUUCUACAUCCCAUACUGUUUAUUGUUGCAGUGGUUUCAAAGAGCAUAAUUCACCAAAUCCAAGCUCAAAAGGUUGAUUGGAGUGAGACUGUACCAUACGAAGAGCAAUUCCGUAACAAGGUGACUCGUCUGCACUUCUAUUUCCAUGACAGGGUGAGUGGAAAGAAUCCAACUGCUAUUCCAAUUGCUCAAGCUUCUACUACAAAUCAGUCGUCGACAAUGUUUGGGACACUGCGAAUGAUAGAUGACCCAUUGACAGAAGGAUCGGAUCCUAGCUCAAAAGUCGUGGGUCGAGCUCAAGGGCUGUACGGAUUCUCAGGUCAAGAUCAGCUAUCUUUAAUUGCAGUGGUAAGUUAUGUUUUCACUGAUGAGAAGCUUAAAAACGGGAGCAGUCUCAGUCUUCUUUCCCAUAACCCGAUAUUAAACCCCGUUCGAGAAUUAGCUGUUGUUGGAGGAACUGGAUCAUUUCGCUUUGCUAGUGGAUUUGCACAAAUUAAGACCCUUUUCUUCAAUCUUACAAGUGGAGAUGCCAUUGUCGAAUAUUAUGUAACUGUAGUUCACUACUGAUAUUGAUGUGAACAUCUAUUUGGUAAAGCGUUGUAUGUUUGAUCAUGUUUAUGAGAAAACAAGUUCUCGGACAUUCAGUUUC